AUGCAACCGUCAUCGGAUUCGCACAAUAAACUGGCGUACCAGACAAUAUUUCCACAGUAUCUAGAUGCCAAUCUUACCCCGGGUGAGGGACGACGUCUGACGAAGACGCAGUCCGUGGAGAACCCGCAGCUGGAGGAAAUUGCAGCGGUCCUGCGGAAAUUGGGUUACCAGGACUUCUUUAUUGAACGGGGCCUCUCGCUGCCACGCUCGCAGGCGUCACGGAAGUACGCCGUCGUCCCCAAGGGGUGUGUGAGGGUGGCGAUCAAGCGACCACAGUCAGAGCACUACAUCCGCAUGAGUGAUUUCGACACACACACACGAGGCGUGACGGUGCAGGACAUAGGCAGUAAGCAGGAGCUUUUGCGCCGUGUAGCCGCUGCGAUCAAGGCAAGUGGUGCGCCUCGCCCACAACCCAUAUCUUUUGCUGACGCCACUGGAGCUUCCGUGAAGAAGAAAUAG